GCACCCCGCUCUAUUUUGUCGCAUGUUUGGUGACGUCCAAUAAUCGCCUGGCUCUGAAGUCUUCGGGGCCGAGGCCUGCAGACUUUUUGUUUUUUUGGGGUAAACGCUCCCGCUCCGGAAAAACCGAGCCUCGAUGUCCGGAUUUCGGUGCCCGAACUGAGCGGCGGUGAGCCGAUGAAGCACUUUAAUCUGUGAUCGAAGCAGAAAACGGUCGGAAAAGCGUUGGCCAGCUAAUUGUAGCUACUGCUAACUGCCAGCGAGGAAGUGAGGGACGAGGAGGAAAAAAAAAAUGACAUCUCGGAGGUGGUUUCACCCCAACAUCACUGGUGUGGAGGCUGAAAACCUCCUGCUGACCCGAGGAGUGGAUGGGAGCUUUUUAGCCCGGCCCAGUAAGAGUAAUCCAGGAGACUUCACCCUCUCAGUACGGCGAAAUGGAGCCGUCACCCAUAUUAAGAUCCAGAACACAGGAGACUACUAUGACCUUUAUGGAGGGGAGAAGUUUGCCACUCUGGCAGAGCUGGUGCAGUAUUACAUGGAGCAUCAUGGGCAGCUGAAAGAGAAAAACGGAGAUGUUAUUGAGCUCAAGUAUCCACUCAACUGUGCGGACCCCACCUCAGAGAGAUGGUUCCACGGGCACUUGUCGGGCAGGGAGGCGGAGAAGCUGCUGACGGAGAAAGGCAAGAACGGCAGCUUCCUGGUGAGGGAGAGCCAGAGCCACCCGGGGGAUUUCGUUCUGUCCGUCCGUACAGGAGAUGACAAGACGGACAGCAGUGACAGCAAACCCAAAGUCACUCACGUCAUGAUCCGCUGCCAGCAUGACCUGAAGUACGACGUGGGUGGAGGGGAGAAGUUUGACUCCCUCACUGACUUGGUAGAGCACUACAAAAAGAACCCCAUGGUGGAGACUCUGGGCACCGUGCUCCAGCUCAAACAGCCCCUGAACACUACUCGUAUUAACGCUGCAGAGAUUGAAAGUCGCGUUCGGGAGCUGAGCAAACUAGCGGAAGCCACAGACAAGGUCAAACAGGGCUUCUGGGAAGAAUUUGAGACUUUGCAGCAACAAGAGUGCAAGCUGCUCUACAGCCGCAAAGAAGGCCAGAGAGCAGAGAACAAAAACAAGAACAGAUACAAGAACAUUCUGCCUUUCGACCACACUCGUGUGGUGCUGAAUGACAGGGACCCUAAUGAGCCAGGCUCUGACUACAUCAACGCCAAUAUCAUCAUGGUAGUAUCUGCUGUCAUGCCGGAGCUGGACUCUAAGUGUAACAGUACCAAGGUGAAGAAGAGCUACAUCGCCACUCAGGGCUGUCUGCAGAACACCAUCAGUGACUUCUGGAGGAUGGUGUUUCAGGAGAACUCUCGAGUCAUUGUUAUGACCACCAAAGAGGUGGAGAGAGGAAAGAGUAAGUGUGUGAAGUACUGGCCGGACAUGUCGGCUCUGAAGGAGUACGGAGCGAUGCGCGUUCGCAAUGUCAGAGAGACGGCUGCACACGACUACAUCUUAAGAGAACUCAAACUGUCCAAAGUGGGGCAGGGCAACACAGAACGCACAGUUUGGCAGUACCACUUCCGGGCCUGGCCGGACCACGGAGUCCCCACUGACCCAGGAGGUGUACUCGACUUCUUAGAGGAGGUCAACCUGAAACAGGAGAGCAUACUGGAUGCUGGACCUAUAGCGGUACACUGCAGUGCUGGGAUCGGACGGACAGGAACGUUUAUAGUGAUUGACAUCCUGAUAGAUGUGAUCAGAGAAAAAGGGGUGGACUGCGACAUCGACGUGCCAAAGACCAUCCAGAUGGUUCGUUCUCAGCGCUCUGGGAUGGUGCAGACUGAGGCGCAGUACAGAUUCAUCUAUAUGGCUGUACAGCACUACAUAGAAACCUUGCAGAGACGCAUAGAGGAGGAGCAGAAAAGUAAGAUUAAAGGGCGCGAGUACACCAACAUUAAGUACUCUUUGUCUGACCUGACUGGGGGAGAGCAGAGCCCUUUCCCUCCUUGCACUCCUAUUCCUACUCCCACCUGCACAGAGAUGAGGGACGACAGCUCCAGAGUGUAUGAGAAUGUGGGCCUGAUGCAACAGCAGAAGAGCUACAGAUGAGAUUCACCUUUGACCCCAGUGCUCUAUCAGUUCCAGGAUCUCGAUACCUGACAGUUUUUUCGCCAGCCACACCUUGACGCCUGAGACUUGACCGUAAUGACAUGGAACAAUGGAAAACAAACACACACACAAAAACGUGAGAGAGACCAGACACCAGGGUCCUCCUGAUCUCGCUCAUCUUACACGAACAUUCGCCCUCUAGUUGAAUUCUAAACCACUGUGAUCAUCAGAAGAGCCUUUUGAGAAGCCUAACAUGCUACUAAACCCUAUUAAACCACAGUUUGGGUUUAGCCUUUGUAAAUCUCACCCCAACAAGGGCUGCGAACAGCGAGAACUCUCCUCAGAGGGAAAAACCUAGCUAACCUUUGCUCAUCUCUUUUUUUUUUUUUUCUAUGUUUUUUUUGUUUUUUCUUUUGUUUCUUAUUAACCAAAGGAAGAUUAUGUAGAUUGUUUGUAGGGGGAAGUGAGGAAUUUUCUGAAAAGGCGUGUGCCAAAACCACGAAUGAUUUUAUCCACAUUUCUCAGCCAAUUAAAAGUCUCUAUUUUGGCCUGUUGAGGCCUUUAAAGCAGUGGGAGACGAGACCUUAUUUGUGGACAAAAGUGGGGCAAAAUUUCCAGUGACCAUUGUCUAGUUUUCACUGUGUUAUAUAGAGUAAUGUUUUUGAAUGAAGAACUAUUGGCAUUGUAGUGUACUACCAUAUUUACUGUUGAUUUGUAAUCCACUAAACAUGAAUUCCUCUUUUUUUUUUUUUUGUUUUGCACCAGAACCGCCUCGAAAAGAAA